AUGGGACACAUUGUAGAGGGGCUUGUACGCUAUCUGACGAACAAUGCCAACCACCCGGCCUUUGAGACUUUGUCAGUCGGUAUGGUUGCCAAAUCACUUUUUCUCUGCUGGGCGACGUAUUACAUUCUGUCUAUAAUAUAUAGCCUCACGUUUCAUCCUCUCGCGAAAUAUCCGGGUCCAAAACUAGCAGCUGUGACCCGUUUGUGGCACUCGUACCAACUCUGCACGGGAGGCAUCGUCUCAACUCUCUCCAAAGCACAUGAGAAAUACGGACCGAUAUUGCGUAUUGCUCCCGAUGAGUUGCUAUUCACAUCCAGCCGCGCAUGGGAUGAUAUCUACGGCCUUCAGCCCGGGAAGCUCGAGAUGGACAAGACCACGCCCCUCUACAAAGGCCCGACAGCACCACACUCAAUUGUUACGGUCGAUGGCGAGCUCCAUCGAUUUUACCGACGGCUUCUCGCUAAAGGAUUCUCAGACGCGGCAUUGAGAGAACAAGAACCGGUGAUUAAACGAAAUAUCGACCUAUUAAUUGAAAAGCUGCAUGUUGAGGUCGCAGCCGGGAAGACACCUGAGAUGACAUCUUGGUUCAAUUAUGCGACAUUUGACCUGAUCGGGGAGCUGGCAUUUGGCGAGACCUACGGAUGUCUAGAAAACUCCCAAUACCACCCCUGGGUAGAAAUGAUUCUAGAAGUAAUGAAGCUUCGAGCCAUGACCCACGCCGUAGGGUACUAUCCCUGGGCAUUCCACAUCUUAAUGUGGUUUGUACCCAAGUCCUUGCGGGAUAAAUUUGUCACCCACCGCAAGUUCACCGACGAAAAGGUCCAGCAUCGAAUGGAUCGAAAGAUCGACUACAAGGAUCUGACCACUAACCUCUUCGAUCCCAAAAAUGGUCUCGAACGAUACGAAAUCAACGGCAACUGUUCUACACUCAUUAUAGCUGGCAGUGAAACAACUGCCACAGCGCUCUCCGCCACCUUAUACUUCCUAACCCAGAACACGGACGCCAAGCGCAAAGUGAUUGACGAGAUCCGUAGCAUGUUCACAAGCGCCGAUGACAUCAACUCCGUCACCACAAAUCAACUCAAAUAUCUCAAUGCGUGCAUCAACGAGUCGCUGCGAAUCUUUCCUCCCGGUCCGGCUGUCUUUCCCCGUCGUGUUCCUCGCGGCGGUGGUGUUAUCGACGGACAUUGGAUCCCUGGGGGUACACAAGUCGGCAUCGCACACUUCUGUAUCAACCACUCCAAGCAAAAUUUUGUUGACCCUGAAAGUUACAUACCCGAAAGAUGGCUCGGGGAUGUCGCGUAUAAGAACGACGAUCGCCAUGCAAUGCAGGCGUUCAGCUAUGGCCCUCGAAACUGCAUCGCCACUAACCUUGCCAGGCUGGAAAUUCGUUGGGUACUGGCUCGUCUGAUCUGGGAGUUUGAUUGGGAAUUAACUCCUGGGUCACAAAGAUGGGAGGAAGCACUUGUGUUUAAUGUUUGGAGUACAAAGCCGCUGAACAUCAAAUUUGUACCUGUGGCACGGUGA